GGUGGAUGACAUUCCUCCAGGAAUAUCACUGCUUCCUGAUAACAUUCUUCAGGUCCUCAGGCUCCAGCUGCUACAGUGUGUCCAGAAAAUGUCAGAUGGACUAGAAGAGCAGCAGCAGGCUCUGUCACUUUUACUUGUGAAAUUCUUUAUCAUCCUUUGCAGAAAUUUGGCUAAUGUGGAGGAGAUUGGGAUGUGUUCGUACAUUAACCAUGUUAUCACCAUGACUACAUUAUACAUUCAACAGGAAAAACUUAGUACAAUUGAUAUGGCCAGAAUAAGGAAUCCUUCUCGUUUUUAUUUACUGCAAUCAGAAUGCUUUCAAGAAAGUGAACAUCUCAAGGAAAGCUUAAAAUGUUGCCUGCUACAUCUCUUUGGAGCUAUUGUGGCUGGUGGUCAGAGGAAUGCUCUUCAAGCAGUAUCUCCUGCCACCAUGGAAGUCUUGAUGCGUGUUUUAGCAGACUGUGACAACUGGGAUGACAGGAACCCUGAGGAAGUGAGCAGGAAGGCAGAGCUGACUCUGAAGUGCCUGACAGAAGUUGUCCAUAUCCUUCUAACCAGCAGUUCUGACCAGCGGCAAGUGGAGACGAGUACAAUAUUGGAGAACUAUUUCAAGUUGCUUAAUUCAGACCAUUCAGCUUUACCUAAUCCAAGGCGAUGCAGGCAGUGGGAGAGCAGGUUCAUAGCACUACAGAUCCAAAUGCUGAAUACCAUCACAGCCAUGUUAGACUGCACAGAUAGGCCUGUUCUGCAGGCAAUUUUCCUUAACAGUAACUGCUUUGAGCAUCUCAUUCGACUGUUGCAGAACUGCAAGCUGUUUUUAAAUGCUAACAAUAAAGUGGCAGACAAGAGUGAGAAAGACCUUGCCAACAAAUUACUGACAGAAAUGAAUGAGGACCAGGUGUUUCAGGGACACCUAGACUGCUUGGCAGUAUCAACCAUUCAAGCCCUCACAGCAGUAAUGCACAAGUCUCCGGCUGCUAAGGAGGUCUUCAAGGAGAGGAUUGGUUAUGCACACAUAUAUGAGGUACUAAAAUCACUGGGUCAACCCUCACGGGAAUUGCUGGAAGAACUCAUGAAUAUGGCUGUUGAAGGUGACCACAUGGCUGUUGGGAUACUAGGCAUUAGUAAUGUCCAGCCCUUAUUGCUGCUUAUCCAGUGGCUUCCAGAACUAGAAUCACAUGACCUGCAGAUUUUCAUCUCAAAUUGGUUGAGGCGAAUCUGCUGUAUUAACAGACAGAGUCGUGCCACGUGUGUCAAUGCAAACAUGGUCAUCCGUAUCAUUGAGACACUAAAUUCCCACUCUGCGCUCCAUUGUACUUGUGCAGAGAACCUGAUAGCCCUUCUGGGCUCUUUGGGGAGCCAGUCAAUGGGCUCAGAAGAACUGCUUCAACUAAUACGGCUUCUGAGGACUGAGGAACCAAAACGAGCUCACCCUUAUGUUGUUCCAGUGAUGCGAGCCAUUCUAGCAAUGGCCCGGAAGCAGGGCAUGGCAAGUGCCUUGCAGUAUUUCAACUUGUACCACAGCAUGGCCGGAAUUGCUGUUCCAUCAAUUCAUAAGUGGCCAGGCUCUGCAUUUUCUUUCAACGCUUGGCUCUGCCUUGACCAGGACCGGGUGGACCCUAGCACGACUAGCAAAAGUGGCAAGAGGAAGCAACUCUAUAGCUUUUUUACAGGAAGUGGUAUGGGUUUUGAAGCAUUUAUUACAUACUCUGGGGUAUUGGUGGUCGCAGUUUGCACGAAGAGGGAAUAUGCAACAGUGAUGCUGCCUGACCAUUGUUUUUUUGACUCUCUCUGGCACAACAUAACUAUUGUUCACAUGCCUGGAAAGAGGCCUUUUGGUCAGAGCCUUGUGUACAUCUACGUCAAUGGACAGCAGAAGGUCUCUGCCCCACUUCGAUUCCCUGCCAUGAAUGAAUCUUUUACUUCUUGCUGCAUUGGUUCAGCUGGUCAAAGAACAACAACUCCUCCUCCAUCUCAGAUACCAGAUCCACCUUUUUCCUCCCCUAUUAUGCCCCAUCGGACAUCACUUGGGGGCAUUCUCUCUACAGGAAGUUGGGGUGGGGUGCUUGGAAAACCAGAGCUCAUCACCAAGAUGAUCUCAGCGGGGACUCAGGACAGUGAAUGGGGAUGUCCAACGUCUUUGGAGGGCCAGCUUGGAUCAGUUAUCAUCUUUCAUGAGGCACUGCAACCUCCUCAGGUGAAAGCAUUAUAUUUAGCAG